AACCCCACACAACGUUUUAACUUUAAAAAGAAACACGCCAGGAAGAAAGGCGCCAGUACAAUGUUGAUAGGGAAUAUGUCAGGUUUAAAAAAGUGUAAAUCGUUUCUCACUGUUUGUGUGAGCAAUAUUUCAUCGUGCUAUACACCAUGUCUCGCCUCUGUGCCUCUCAACAAUGAGAUAACAACUUAGGAACUCGCCCUUGUCUGCCAUUGUCAUUAGUAUAUUCAGUAUCGCGGCUUGGCGAGUCACCCUAUUGAUUCCCAUUACUCAGACUUGUGGGUAAUAAUUAUAUGGGCUGGGUAUGUUUGCUUAGGGUUUUUGGGGGAUUUUUUUUGGAAGGGAGUGUUGGAGCGUAAAGAAGAUACAUGUAUAUAGGGUGUGGUUUGGAGUAGGUGGAGCGUUGUGUUUAUACUUUUAAUCAUCAUCUCUCUUGUUCUUUUUUUAAAGAAAAUGUAUACGGUAUCUACUGGAGCAUGCGAGUACACUUUAUAUAGGUCGUAUGAUGACGACUUAGGUAAAAUUAAUAAGGAACACAGAUUGUUAUGGAGGAAAUGGUUUCGGGUAUAUUUCUGAAUACUUCAAACAAAGUAUCAGAGCUGAUCGUUGCAACCUACGUUUGCAAAAUGAUCCAGCCAGGUGUCAUCGUCAUUGCAUUUAUUUUGUGCGUGUUUCCCUCCGGCUCGGGAGCGGGCCCUACCAGUCACUGCCCUCCUUCCCAGUACUUCAACAGAGCUCUUCUUGCGUGCAUGGAGUGUUCGAAAUGUCCCAUCAACCAAAUAAUUCGCAAGCCAUGCCUAAAGAACAGGGAUACAAUAUGCGGACCAUUCAAAGAAUUCAACAGAUUCCAUCAAACACCAGAGGACGGGAAACUCUCCCCUGAAUACACACACGAAAGAAAGCACAAAUCUCGUGGUAACGGGUCGAAACACCAUAAACAUCAUCAUCACGACCAUCCAGCUGGCGGCACUGUUUCCAUAGCUACUCCGAAAGCACCCGAGAUUUCCCGAGCCACCGUCGUGGACAUGACGUCAUUAAAAACGACGGAAACUCAGUGGCGCACUCUGGCGCUGGGAUUGAUCGGAAUCUUGUGUCUGGUGUCCGUCUGUCUGCUGGUCUUUGUGUUCGCCGUCUACUACAUACGAGUUAGACGAGGAGCUGAGGAGAAGCUGGAGUUUAAUUCUGGUGUUCUGCGACAAGAGGACACGUACGUUCGGAUAGAGCCUUGGCUACCCGAGGAGUACAUCUCAUCAAAGGGCAGGUCACCAACAGAGCGAGGAAAGACAUGUUUUUAUCCCGGAAGUUACAAUGAAACCGGAAAUUAUAUUUCAUCCAAUCGAGACUCACAGCACAUAUCGUCCAUGGUUUUACAGACUUUCUUAUUGGACAAUACCGAAGAUGAAUUCAAAGUUGUCCCAGAUUUCGAAGACUCUUCUUUAGAUCACGUGAAUAUGAACUGACCAACAGAUGAAAAUCAAGGAAAUAUUUAUUGAAAGGAAUGUUUUUGGAGAACAGACGCAGAAUUCGAGGAAUUUGCAUUCCGGUUAAUGUGAUAUUUGUACAGACAAUUUCUUAGUGUGUUUUUUUUCUUUUUUCUCUCAUUGGAAUACUAAAGAUUUGAAGUAGUAGUCGUUGUUACGGAAUUCUAAACUUGACAUAUUUUGAUGCUUACCUACGUUGUACAACGACUGGCGAAUUGGAAUCUGGAUGCAGCAGUAUAGUUUCUUGAGAGUGUUGCUAAAUACAAAAGAUCAGAUUUUGAUAUUGAAUGAAGCGAAUCGUUUUGAGGUUGUUAAAAAAUCAAAACAAGCCUGGACUGUGUUAAUAUAUUAUUAACAACAGCGUGAUGUCCAGAAUAUUGAUCUGAAUGUGGCUGCGACUUACAAUGUCUUCUAGCUUUUGAUUCUGUUCCAAUACCUAGAUGCUGAACUGAACAUCUUAUGUUAUUCUGAAGGUUGCCAGAAUAAUCCAGUUGGCUGACACAGACGAAAAACGUCCAUGAGAACAUUGGCAUCAACGACGAAUUACUGGCGCCUGCAGUUUCUACCAGCCAGUGUUACCAUUCCACGUCACGUGACAUCCACACGUCAUAGAUGUAAUGAUUUAUCAUUCAAAGGAGAUGGCUGGCGACUAGUCAGCCUGGAUAUUGUCUGUUAGUAAUUGUUUUCAGAAAUAUGAAAUGUUCGUUCGGUUGGAUUCUGUGUAUUAAAAUAAGACUGGUUGCUGGCACCGUUUUACACUAUGACGCGUUGCAAUAUUUCUUGUUCAGUUUGUGGAGUCAUGUUGUGUUGACCCGCAGGGGUUCCGUCCCAAAAGACAGAUGUCCCAAAAGAAAGAUGUCCCAUAAGACAUACAUCUCAUUUGAUAAGACAAAACUGUUUAUUUGGGAGGACACCGUUGUGGAACUAUGAUCAAGUUUUGUAUUUUGUAACGUGAAAACAACUUCCAGAAGCACACUAUAUAACAUGCAUAUAUGACCGUACAUGCAUGCAUGUAAACACACACACACACACACACACACACACACACACACACACACACACACCACCGCCGCCGCCACCACCACCACCAACACAUGGCAGUAAUAUUAAUUGUUAUUAUGCUGGAACAUACAAGACGUUGGUUGGAGCUGGGGCCUAAUUCACAAAGGUCUCUUAGGCUCUGCUAGACAACAAAGUAUCCUCUUUGCAAGUCUUUUAGCAAUUCACUGCGAGAUCGCAAAGUUGCGAGAGUUUAGUGAAUUAGGCCCUUCGGUGUCUACAGAGCACUAUUAUUCACCAGCUGGUAUCUACAUUUAAUGACUAAAGUGUGCUAAAUAUCAUUUUAAAAAAAUAUUGUACAGAUUUCAUUGUUAUACAUGUAUUUUUUAAUAAUUAUUUGAUGAUACUGAAAAUGACCUUGCUAUAUGUUAAUAAAAUUAUUUUUUGAA